GGGGCGGCGCUCUCUCUGCGCUUAGGCCUGAAAAGAACGACGACGCCAGGGCUGCGAAGAGAGGCUAGGCCCAAGAUGGUGGAAGCGUGGUUCAUGGCGGAGGAGGAGGAAGAGGGCCCUGAGGCGGGGGACCAGAGGCAGCCACACCGCCAGGAGCCCAACCAGCCCGCCAGCCUGGAGCUCCUCCGCAGCCUCGGCGUCUUCUAUUGGAAAUUGGAUGCUGACAACUAUGAGAAUGAUCCACAGCUGGCAAAGAUUCGGAAGGAGAAGAACUACAAUUGGAUGGAUAUAAUAACGAUACAUAAAGAUAAGAUGCCAAAUUAUGAAGAGAAGAUAAAAAUAUUUUAUGAAGAGCACUUACACCUGGAUGAUGAGAUUCGCUACAUCCUGGAAGGAAGUGGGUAUUUUGAUGUUCGUGAUAAAGACGACAAAUGGAUCCGGAUUGCCAUGGAAAAGGGAGACAUGAUCACACUUCCCGCUGGCAUCUAUCACCGAUUUACCCUGGAUGAAUCUAAUUAUGUGAAAGCGAUGAGGCUCUUCGUUGGAGAACCUGUGUGGACAGCUUACAACAGGCCGGCUGAUCACUUUCCUGCUCGAGCACAGUACCAAAAGUUUUUGGCAGAAGCAGUGCAAUGACUGGAUGGGGAAGCCAUGAGACCUGGAGUGUCUUACAACUUCUCAAAAAUGCUGACGACUUCCUUAACAGUAUCUGCUAUUAAUGAACUUUUUUGAUUUGCUGCAGCAAUAACAUGGGAGAAAUAGGGGUUUUCCAACUAUUCUUACUGAAUCGAUUGUCAGACUGUUGAUAAUUAUCAUUAAUUUGUUCUUAAGUGGGAGUGUGCAGGUCUUGAGGUUAUAUUUCAGCUCGAAUGGUCAUUUCAAGAAUUUAUCCCCACACUGCACUGACUAUUCAUUCAAACUCAUAUAGAGCAGUAAAAAUAUUGUUCCAAUACAGUAAGAAAAUUGCAUGCAAAAUUUUUAAAAAGUUCAAAUACUUAUGAUCAUAUUUAAUGCAGUGCUACUGAAAAGGGAGGGAAGUUCCUGUUAUACAGGUGUCCUUGUGUGAGCCCUGCAUUGUUACUAUCAGUCUUUAGUGUUGGGUAAAUCGGGUAUAAUAACAGUCAUUUCUGUAGCCUGCAAUAUUGGCUCAGAAUAUCAACCCUUUCCUCUUUCCGAGUAAUGGCUACUCAAUUCCUCUGGUAUCAUAUGUAGUAGGUGGGAUAUUUCUUGCCUUAUCCAAAGCAUUGAUAUGUUAAUAACUGUUAUAAUUUUAUUUUUGUAGAGGUAAUAAAACAGUGCUACUUCCUCA